UUUUGGCUCGUUCUGACCCAGAGUCGGUUCAGUUGCAGUCUGUCUGUAGUGCGGUGUAAAGGCUCUGCGGCUUCCGCAGGUCGGAGAGUAACCAGCCAGCUCACAGCGGAGACAAGAGGCGCUGGAGGGUAUAGAUUAAAUGCCUCGGGGUUCACCAUGGUGUGUGGAGGAUUCACCUGCUCGAAAAAUGCUCUGUGCGCGCUCAACGUCGUUUACAUGUUGGUGGGGCUGCUCCUGAUUGGUGUAGCAGCAUGGGGGAAGGGCUUCGGGAUCGUGUCCAGUAUCCAUAUUAUCGGAGGUGUAAUUGCUGUGGGCUUUUUCCUGCUGCUCAUCGCCAUCGUUGGCCUCAUCGGAGCCGUCCAUCACCACCAAGUCAUGCUCUUUUUUUACAUGGUCAUUCUGUUCAUUGUGUUCCUCUUCCAGUUUGGUGUGUCCUGCUCUUGUCUGGCCAUGAACCAGGGUCAGCAGGAGAAGUUGCUGACUUCUGCUUGGAGAGUGACGGGCAACGGGACCAAGAAAGAUGUGCAGAACAACCUGAACUGCUGCGGCCUGUUCAACAGCACUGCAAACCACCAGCAGUUCCUUGAGGAUAUGGAGUUGUGUCAUGCUCCCUGUUUACGAACUGAAAGUUGCACGAUGUGUGGUCAGAAAAUGCUGCAGCAUGCGUCUGAGGCCCUGAGAAUUCUGGGCGGUGUGGGUCUCUUCUUCAGCUUCACUGAGAUUUUAGGAGUUUGGCUGGCCAUGCGCUACAGGAACCAGAAAGACCCUCGGGCAAACCCUAGUGCAUUCUUAUAGUCUCGCAGCCUCCUCUCUGCCCCACAGUGCAGCAGCGUAGAUGAGCAAUUCCUCUUCCCUUUGCACACCCGGAGGCACUCCGGCAUUGAGCACGGACUUCAGACUAAACGCUGACUUGCUGCUGUCUCCACACCAUCUCGCUGAUUUUCCACCAACGAGAGCUAAAGAGCCCAUUUAAAGAAAAUUCUCUGGUUAUUUUUCUCUUCAGUAACAAGAGCAACAGCUGGAUGUCUCAUGAAUGAUGGGAUAGGAUAGGAUGAUGUUUGGUAUUUUGUCUCGACCUGCAGUCCUACGGUACGACCUACAUCAUGACCCCUCCCAUCCUUGAUUUGAGGAAAAAGUGUCCUGGAUAGAGAUUCAGCACCGAUUAUCUGCAUGCUCAUAGCCAUUACUACAGCACCACACGGUACUCCGCCCAACCACGUUGUGCUCCGUAUAGUUUUACCAUUGUGGGCUUUUAGUGUCAGUGAAGCAGGUAGUUCAUAAAUUUUUACGCGAGUCGUUCAAGGUGUGACAUCUGUGAUCCACGGCAGUCUUUACUUCCUACUCCUUUGAGAUGUUUCUUGCUGAUGCGAGUUGUUGUUGUUGUUGUUACAGAUGUGUGACGUCAGAGUGCUAGCUGAGGAAUUAGGAUUUGAGUUCAAUACGUUGUGUAACUGAGCCACGCAGAAGCCAGCAGACUGCAGCCCUGAUGUUGUGUCGCGUCUCCGUGAAGGGUUGCUUUGCUCAUAUAUACACAUUUCAUUUGCUUCUCAUCGAGGUACAACCCGCACUGGAACUUUAACACACUCGUGCUUCUUGGUAUUACUCUCACAUAUUGUGUUUUUGUAAUGUGGUGAAUUACAGGCUUGGGUUUUUUGUUUUUGUGCGCUAUAACCCGUGAGCAAAGUUCUUCCAGUGCUAUCAGUUUAACCCAGGUGUCUCAUCUCAGCCGCCUCUUGAGUUAUGUAAGAGUGUAAUUUUUUUUUUUUUAAAUGUUUUGUGUGAGAUUUGUUUGUGAAGUAAGCAUAAGUUUUACACCUUUUAUUACUGUUAUUUCUCGAAAAAAAAAAUUUCUUGUUGGUUCUCGCUUUUCAUUGUUAUGCCUCUGCCACUAGGUGGCAUAUUAAUUAGUGACAUGUUGGCGAUGGAGGGCGGCACCGCCAUCCGAGUCCUGCUUGAUUAUUUUUGCCAUACUGUAUCUACUUUUUUUUUGGGGGGGGGGCACCAUUUGUCCUUUUAAAAGUAUUAAGAUUGCCAUUCAGGUUUGAUUAAAUGUAAGUUAUUUGUGUGUAUUGUGUUCUAAAUAAUAAUUAUAACUUACUUUCUCUUUGCUAGUUUUCUGUUUAGAAAUGAUUCUUCACACCUUCAGUCUUAACUCUUUUUCCAUACUGAUUCAGUCCAGGGUGUAAUUUCUGGAGCAUGUGAACAUCACUGUGUUUCGAAUCUCCUCUUUAAGUCUCCUUUCGUUUCUGAUCACUAGAAUGCACUGAAUUUUCACAUUGCUUAUUAAUAUUAUUGUGUAUAUGUGCUAAAAAAAUAUUAGAGUACUAGUAUUGUGGCUGUUUUGCCAAAAUAUCCCGAAUGUUCCCUGUGGACAUUUCUGUCGUUUAUUUAAUUUAUUGCCUUUACAUGAGCAGGUCAUGUUUUCUCUCAUUAAUCUCACAACUCUGUAUGCAACUGCAGCUCUUUUUCCUGGAUGUUCCUUGUAUUUUUGAACCUGAUCUUUUUUCUUUUCCAAUUAAAUCAUGUUGGAGCAAAA